AGAUAACAGACACUGCACAAUCAAUGAUGUCCACGACCACUACACGGCACAGCACCACACUACACCGCCAACACCGGCUUCACUCAGUACCACCGGGCUAGGGGCCGCAUAACAACGCUACCAAAUACCGCUGACAAAGAUUAACUCGCUUCUCAUAAUUGUUUUCUUCUCACCUUCACCGUCUUCCUCCAGCAAAUAAACACGCCCACAUCCCUUGUUGUAACACUGAAGCUUUUGUGUAUUUACAGCAGACAUUAUGGUUAUUUGUUUGCGAUUGCUUUCACGAGAAAUAUUUGAAAAUAUAUUGACAAAAUCAAAAUAAAACGAGAGUUUUGUUUGGAAACUUCUGGUAGCGACUGGUCUUUCAUUCAUUCAGCUUGAGCUUGUACCGGAAGUUGCAGGGGGAUUGUCUCAAUUACUAGUCCAUUUGUAAAUUCCUAGAAUUGAUUAUUUAUUAUACUGAGUUGUUUUAUGAGAAAUAUAACUAAAGGUCGAUCAUUCAUAGAUAUAUUGAGAUAUUAUAUAUUUAUUUUCCAUAAAAAAUACGAUGAUAUAAUAUAUUUUAUUUGAAAAUGUCACAGUGGAAAUACAUUAGUCUGAUCUUUAAGACUAAUCAAUUCAUUUACUGCCCUCUUGAGUUAUAAUUAUUUUAUUUCGCGGGAACUUUUGAGAAAAUUCUGACACAUUACCUGAAACUGUCCAAGAUAAAAACAAUAUGAAGGUAGAAACUCCAGAGAUUUCUUGGCAUGGACGUGAUCCUGUCUACAGUGCUGACUUUCAACCUGGGAAAAGGUCGUUACGCAGGAUAGCGACGGCUAGCACAGACACAAAUAUUCUGGUAUGGUACGUCAAUGUUGAUAAUGAUGGCAAGGCUCAACCCACAUUCGCUGCUAGUCUCUCUCGUCAUACCAAAGCUGUUAAUGUGGUCAGGUUCUCACCUGAUGGAGACAUCUUAGCCUCAGGGGCAGAUGAUGGGCUGGUAAUCCUGUGGAAGCUUCAGGAGGUUGGUAACGUAGCACCGGUCUUUGGCAAGGAAGAUGAAGACUGCAAGGAAACAUGGGCUACAACCAAGACACUCAGGGGUCAUCUUGAGGAUGUUUAUGAUAUCUCCUGGUCAUCCAAUGGAUCAAGAAUGAUCUCAGGGUCUGUGGAUAACAGUGCUAUCAUCUGGGAUAUACAGAAAGGUGAGAAGUUGUUUCUUCUAAAGGAUCAUAGAAGUUUUGUUCAAGGAGUAGCCUGGGAUCCUAAGGAUAGAUUCUGUGCUACAAUCAGCUGUGAUAGAUCAAUGAGAGUGUACAAUCUACUCAACAAUAGAUGCAUUCAUCAUGUCAACAAACUCACCAUGGCUGCAGCGGGUAAUAAUGGAGAGGGUAUGACGAAGCAGUACCGUAUGUUCCACGAUGACACCAUGAAAUCAUUCUUCAGACGGUUAAGCUUUAGUCCUGAUGGUGAGCUUCUUAUUGCUCCUGCUGGUAUCCUGGAACUAGGGGACAGUGUCCUCAAUACAACCUAUGUAUUCUCAUCAGCAUCCUUCUCAAAACCUGUUCUACACUUGCCAUGCCCUACCAAGGCCACCAUCGCUGUACGAUGUUGCCCAGUAUUGUUUGAACUCAGACAGGAAUCAAGCGAGGCUGAUUCUACCACAGCAACACUGGAAAAGAAAGCAGAGCAAAAAGAUGAACCAAUGGAGACCGAUGCUAACACUUCUCAGGAAUCAAAUGGAGACGGUCAAGAGAAAUCGGAUCCUAGUAAAGAUGUUCAAGAUAAAUCAUCUACCAAACCAUCAGAGCCUGAGACAAAGGAUCAAUCUUCACAGUUAUUUGACUUGCCUUAUCGGAUGGUGUUUGCCGUAGCAACGGAGGACUCUCUGCUCCUAUAUGAUACCCAGCAAAGCAUUCCAUUUGGUCUCAUCUCAAACAUCCACUAUCAUCAGCUCAGUGAUGUCACAUGGUCAUCCGAUGGCAGGAUAUUAGCUGUCUCAUCAACAGACGGCUACUGCUCCUUUGUGACCUUUGAACCUGAUGAACUUGGUGUUCCAUACGUCUCUCAACCGGUCCCUACCCCUUCACCCGCUGCAUCUGUUACUACAAAGGUUUCACCUUCACCUACUCCUGCACCUGCUGCUGCAGUAUCUCAGGUCCAAUCCAAUCAGAAUGCCGGGAUUUCAAAAUCACCCAAUCAGAAUGCAGGGAUUUCAAAAUCACCCAGCCAGAAUGCAGGGAUUUCAAAAUUACCCAAUCAGAAUGCAGGGAUUUCAAAAUCACCCAAUCAGAAUACAGGGAUUUCAAAAUCACCCAACGUGGUCACAGAGAUUUCAAAGUCACCAAACCAGACUGCAGGGAUUUCAAAAUCACCCAAUCAGGCUGCAGGGAUUUCUAAACCAGCAAAUCAGCAACCGGUUUCUAAUGGCACGUUGCCUAAUCACCCAGCCUCUACGAGUGUCAAACCUGUAGGAAUGAAUGGAGCAAAGGAACCCAAGAGGAUCACACCAGUAAUGAUAUCAGGACCACCUGGGUCAAAGCCACCACCAAGGAGAAUCCAGUUGACUACAUUGUCCUCCCCACCUUCCAACCAAACUGCAAAUUCUUCAUCCUCAUCCUCCUCCUCUACAAAUCAACCCUCAAAAGAAGAUCAUCCAUCAUCAUCACCGUCGUCAUCCAGCGUCAAGACAACACCCACACCUAGCAACCAGCAGAAUGAUGUUCCUUCUGUAUCUGGUAUAAACACUGUACCCGAUGAAGACAGUGAAGCAGAUGAAGACAUCAUUAUACCCGACGACGAUGAAGAUGACGAAGAUGAUUACGAUGAUGAUGAGGACAAUGAAGACGUGGUUGAUUUGACUGCAGAGAGUGAUAGCGAUGAAGCAGAAGAGAUGGAAGUCAAGGAAGACAUUCCUGUGAAGCAGGUCCAGAUGCCUCCGAAGCCGAUCGUCAUGCCUCCAAAACCUGUGGCUCCUGCUCCAAGGAGGAUAAACACCAUCAAGCUCGUCUGACUGAAACAAAGCUAAGAAUGUGUGGAGUGAACUCUUAUUUCAGUGACUCCUGUGACGAAGCAGCUUGACUUGCAAGACUAGUCAAAGAGAUAAAGGAGAGAACUGCAAGCCAAGAACUGCUUGUGUCGCUUUGGUUCUUUUGUCUCAAGCCUCUAAAGGAUCAUUGUGUUUCAGUGUGGAUAAUUUUGGCUUUGAUCUGUUAUCUUCUCAAAGAUUUGAAAGAUUUAUAACACUUGCUUCGUGAUCCAUGCAACCAUUUGAUAAAUCACUCUCAUACACCUAUGACGUAAUUUGCUACAAGUAUAUGAAAUCAUGAUUGGAAAUGUGAAUCUCUUCAUAUUGAAGUAGGUUUAAGAGUGCUUCUGUGCUUAAGAGUGCUUUUGUAUACCAUAGAUAGAGGGACAUCAUCUAUCUAUCUUUGGAUUUAUUAACAUAGCCUCAGUUUGAUUGUACACGUAAUGAAAUGCAAAGGUCAUUCUCCUUUGGAAUAAUUGAUCAUUUGUUUGAACUUGCACAUCGUUUCAACAUCAGGAUGGUGUUUCCUGAAAGUCAUCAGCACUGAUAAAACUAUCAGCUCUUACAAUUUAAGUGAAAUUGUUGGUUUUGAUUAGUGGAAAAACACCGACCUCAAAUUGUUCCUUUACUGUCAGGAGAUUACAACUUGUCGGUGUUGAAAACUUCAUGAAACGGUGUCCUUAUGCAUAAGAAUAUGGCAAGAAAAAAGGCAUGACAACCUCAUACCAUGUAAUCAUGAAUGUGUGGUCCAAUAUUAGCUAGCAUUUUGCCAAAACAGCCUUAAAAUGGCAAUUAUGCACAACAAAGGACUUGAAUAUUUAUGACUCAAGGAAGGAUUGAAAUAUUGGAAGCACAUUUCAUUUCUAAAAUACUAAGAAAUUCAAAAUCAUAUCAGAUCAUAUCAAUAGCAGGGCCCGCUGGGAGAACAGUUUUCGGAACUGAAGUGGCUACCUUGGGUAAAUAUACCUUUAUUAUUAUUAUAUUGUAGCUCAUGAUAUGCCAUUUUACUUCACAUACAGUGUAUGUAGAACUCUCAUUGAAAUGAUUUAAAAUAUAUUGAGUAGAUGGUCUUUCUUUCUCGCUAGACUCUGUAGGAUUGUUUCACAUCCUCGUCCAAUCUAUCUGUGUGGACACUAUGAAACUGGUUCCUGAUUCAUAAAGACUACAUGUAGAUGCACUCUGUUUGUCAGGUCUUCUAAUUGGUUAUUUUACAACCUCAUGUUCUUAUCUAAUCUGACACAACCCACAUUGUUUUGUACAGAGAGGGAGAAGAGGAGACAUCCAUAUACAAGAAAACACAAUGUAAAUAUGGUUUUUUUAUAUUUCAAACAUAUUUAUUUCUAAAAAGGACAGUGUUGUCCUGUAGAGAAUAUUUACAAGUAAAAAAGGUUACAUUCAUUUGUUAAUGUAGCAAUGCUUACGGUACCUAUGUACAUUUACAUGGUAUUAUAAAAUUAGAUGACAUGAAAUCAUGAAAGAUGUAUAAAAAAAAGAGAGUUGAUUGAUGAUUCAGAUGUAGUAAAUAUUUAAAUAUUCUAAUCUACAUGUACAAACAUUUGACAUUUCAGUAUAAAAAUAUGUAACGGAAAAUACAGAAUGAUGUGUCUUACAAAACUAAAUCUCGCAGAAAUUUAUAUCAUGUAGAGGUCGUCACAGAUUUCCUACUGUACUAAUAACUAAAUGCAUGUAAAUUCAAAAGGCAUUUAUAUUUCAUACUCUAAAUGGAAUGGAUUUUAUUCAAUACAAGAAAUAAUACCUAAAUGUAUUGAAGAUCUGUAAAAGGUUCGGCCUUAACACAGCUUAUGUAAAUAUCAGUGUUUAAUAGAUGAAAUUAGAAAAGUAAUAAAUAUGCCAAGUCUUUUCUAGAA